UCCGCUCAAACCCCUCAAAGGCCACAACAAAAAUAUUUACGAGCAGGGCCUCUCUCUUCUCUAGCCAGAAGUUUUUGGUUACUACUCCAUUGGCGCACAAUCUACCAGGGCGCAUGCACCAUGUACGGAUAAAAAGAAGUGGCAAAGCUGCAAUACUGUUUUCAGUAACCGUUCACGAGCGGUGCGCAGGUUAAGCAGAGACAUGCUAAUCCUUAUUCAUCAUCCUGUAAGCAAGUCCUUCCCUCAAUUCGUCCCAUCCUUAUCCUCCAAGAUUCCGAUUAUUAACUCCACUGUCAUUCAAACCAAAGUUUCUUCCAAAUUCCCACUUGGUGAAACCCCAAAUUUCUCUUCAGAAUCUUGCAAAGGCUUGUGCUUUUCCGUACAAUUACCGAAUAGGCGAACCCGUGUUCCCUUUUGUUCCAAGAAUGGAGUUUUUGAGGAUUUUACAGGUACCCUUUUGUCCAAAAAGACUGAAAAUGGAUUUGAAGAGCUUGAGUUACUUAACAAGCCAUCUCCAAAGCUGUUAGAUGAUGGGUCUAUUGAAGAAAUAGUUGAAAUUGAACCGGAGAAACCUGAUAAAGAUGAAGUUUUGGAGACUUUUUACAAGUUCUUUAAGCUAUCGGAUGAAGAAAAUGAUUCAGGAAAAAGUAAAAUUGAGAGCUCUAGUCAGGAGAAGAAUAAGAAAGUUAGUGUAGAGUAUUAUGACCCGAAACCUGGUGAUUCAGUGGUGGGAGUAGUUGUUUCCGGGAAUGAAAAUAAGCUUGAUGUGAAUGUGGGUGCAGAUUUAUUAGGAACAAUGCUGACUAAAGAGGUAUUGCCUUUGUAUGACAAGGAGAUGGAGCAUUUAUUGUGCGAUGUGGAGGACGUCAAGGACUUUAUGGUGCGAGGGAAGAUCUGGAUAGUGAAGAAUGAUGAGGCAGUGAGUGAGGAUCCAAAGCCCGGAAAACCUGUUGUGGAGCCAGGAACUGUUCUUUUUGCUGAGGUUCUUGGCAGGACUCUUAGUGGCCGGCCGUUGCUUUCAACCAGAAGACUUGUUAGGCGCAUUGCUUGGCACCGAGUGAGGCAGAUUAAGCAGCUCAACGAACCGAUAGAGGUUAAAAUAACUGAAUGGAACACUGGUGGUCUCCUUACAAGAAUAGGUACUUUUCUUCCAAAAGCUGAAUUGAUGAAUAAAGUUAGCAAUUUCACCCAACUGAAAGAGAACGUGGGACGACGAAUAUAUGUGCAAAUUACCAGAAUAAAUUCAGAUACCAAUGACUUAAUACUCAGCGAGAAGGAAGCUUGGGAAAUGUUGCAUCUUCAAGAGGGAACGCUUCUAGAAGGAACAGUGAGGAAAAUCUUUCCAUAUGGUGCUCAGAUAAGGAUAGGCGAUACUAAAAGGAGUGGAUUGCUGCAUAUUUCAAACAUCACCAAAGGAAGAAUUGCUUCUGUUACUGAUCUUUUGGCAGUUGGCGAGAAGGUUAAAGUUCUGGUUGUGAAGUCUAUGUUUCCUGACAAAAUUUCUCUCAGUACCGCAGACCUCGAAAGUGUGCCAGGUCUAUUUUUAUCAAACAAGGAGAAAGUAUUUUCUGAAGCAGAAGCAAUGGCAAAAAGGUACAGGCAAAAAAUUUUAGCUGUUUCAGCGACCCGCAAAGAGGAAGCCCUUCCCACGGAUGGCUUACCUUUUGAAAAUGAAGAAACUCCGUAUGCUAACUGGAAAUGGUUCAAAUUUGAAAGAGACAACGCAACAAAUCCAUGACGAUGGCAUUUCAAAAGAAAAGGGAAUUCAAACUGGAAAGGAGGAUUUUGGACGUCAGUCGUGCUUCUUCCUCCAUGAGCCGCUACAUGCUGAAUGGAAUUCAUCUUCCGUUUGAAACCCCUCACUUCAAUGAUCGAUUCUUCUGGCAAUUGGCACUUGCUGCAUUUUGGAUUGGGCACCAUCCAAAUUCGCCAGAACGACAUAGUGCCCCGAGUUGAUUUCUCCCCUUCGCCUACAUUUUAAUGAUACAAGUUACAGUGUUAUUUCCCUUCACUUUGCUAAUUUAACAUAAGAAAUCCAAUGUCGAACAUAUCUUCUAAACUUAAGUUUACUCAAAAACGUUUGUGCAAUCCAGCUGUGAUGCAUGUCUAUGUUGUGUUAAUCAUAAGGUUGUCGACCUGCUGCAUUUAUAAUUCUAAAUUGGUAACUAUUCUUGGAA